GACGAAAAGAACCGUGCGCGCACCGCCGCCGAGACGGCCAGCAGGGCCAACAAGGAGAACACGACGACGAAAGAGGCGGAGAUUGUGCUGUGGACCGACGAGGAAAUCCUUCUUCUUACGAAGACAAAACUGGUGCAAACGGGACAGGCGAAGCCGACGGCCGCCUCGCAGAACAAACUCGGCGCCCCGUUGCCCGAUGAGGAAAACUGGAGCGCGAAGGAGCACAGCGCGUUGGAGGCGGCGCUGAAGAAAUAUCCGGCCAGCGAUCCUGAACGAUGGGAAAAGGUAGCCACCGAGGUUCCGGGCCGCACGAAGAAGGACUGCAUCAAACGAUUCAAAUACGUCGCGCAGCUCAUCAAAAAUCAGAAGAAA